AUGAUGAAGCUGAGCGUCAAGAGUCCAGAUGGCAAGGUAGAGAUCUUUGAUGGAGUGGAUAACUGGAGUUUUUCGACUUUGCGUCGUCAAGUGGUCCAGCGAUUCAAUUUAAAACGGUAUGAAGUGAUUUUCCCCUACAUUUUAACUAAUGUGAGUUAUAUGAUUGCUCGAAGUGGGUCAGUGUAUUUGAUUCCUUUGGAUGCGUUUAGUUUCAGCGAUUUUGCAUUGUUUUUCGGUAAUCGUGAGUUGCCAGUAGAUGAUGCAAAGAUUUUUGAAUCAGAUGUAGAACUCGUCAGUGGAGACCGCCUAAGAUUGGUCGUAAAUGAAAAGGGGUUUUCUUCUGCUGAUAUCAACGGAAGCUCUUCAGAAAUUUUGGCAAAAACUGGAAGUAGCAAUUUGGACAAUGCGAAAAGAAAUGAAAGCGUUUUCGAAAUUGUGCUUGAUGAAAUGAAACAGAAAGGAUUUGAACGCGUAGGAUACAAGGAUGGUGAUACACGUUGGAAAUUUCGUCAUUCUAAUUCAAUUCUUCCCAUUGAGAUCGAUUUUCGUGUUUACAAUGAUCAAAUGGUGAAGUAUGUUCACAUCACUGCUAGCGUGUAUCGUCCCUUCGGUCGUCUUUUUCUGGAACCAGUUGUUUUAGAGGAGGACAGCAAUGAUUUAAAAAGGAGGGUUUCCGAGUGUUUAAUUUCACCGCUGAAGUUGGCGUUACUUGGGCAUGAAAAUCCGUUUUUACGUUUGCUUGGAAUUAGCGUGGUAGCUGAAGAUUUGUUCGAAAUGCUGGAUGCUAAAAGUGUGUUACGAUUAGAGAGGACAAAUAAAUAUGCUCUUAAAAUAUGCCGAAGUCAUGGAAUGGAAAGAAUUUGGAAAUUUUUUUGUCGAAGGGAUUUCGGAAAAGAUUAUGGUAUAUUAAAAAAGGAGUCAUAUCGCGAAGCAUACAAAAGAUUAUACAUCCGACAUGUGCGGGAGCAUAGUUUUGUGCGAAAUGUGCUGGAACCUGAUACUCAGUGUAAUAUUCCUGUUCGUGUGUCUUUUCCACAUCCAACAUACGGACCGAUAAAUCCUGAUCCUGAUAUUCCUGAGGGUCCAUUUUAUCCUUUCGCUAAUCCAUAUAUGGGACCCUCAAAUCCCUUCUCUUUUCCUAGUCCAGGAAAUCCUCUUGAUCCCUUCUAUGGUCGUGAAUUGUUACCAAACCGUCCCACUAGACCUGCCGGUUUUCCUAGAGUGUUCCCACGCGGUCCUCGUGCGCCAAAUCAAAGAAGUAUGUUUCGUGGUUACAUGUAA